CGCACAAACAUCACUAUUGACAAGGCCCAUACGUAUCUUGCCUCCCACGCCAAUCACCCCUUCCCAAGGGAAGGGAAUCAUGUAGCCAUUCCUUGCCCCUCCUCUUUUAGCUCAAGUAUCACAUCACGCUCUAACUAACGCCAAACCAUUAACCAUGAGGAUCAAAACAAUCUCCUUUUGGCUUUUAGCCUUUGUCAUUGCACUGAUCUCCAUUCUAAUUGCUCUGUAUACCGUCCCUCCUCCCUCCAAAUCAAGCAUCACACCCAGCAGUCAUAAUAGUUUUGAAGUUGCGGGGCAAAGUGGUGAAUUCCUAUCUCUGCUAACGAGGAUGGUGUCUAGACAUCACCACCACCACCACCAUCAUCAUCAUCAUCACCACCGCCACCAUCGAGGGCGGCGUAAGCACAAAUGCGAUCAUACCAAAUGGACGUCUAGCCUUAUUUCUCAGUGCAAAGUGUCACUUGUAUUGACAGUUGACUGGAAAGGUUGCGCGAAUUUUAGCAGUGUGCAGCAGGCGAUAGACGUUGUUCCUGACUCGAGCCCGUCCAAGACCUUGAUCGUUAUUUAUUCUGGUAUAUACAGGGAGAAGGUAGUAAUCCAUGCCAACAAAUCCAACUUGAUAAUUCAAGGUGAGGGUUUUCUCAAGACAGCAAUAGAAUGGAAUGACACUGCGAAUUCCACUGGAGGGACCGUGUACAGCUCUUCAGUUGCCAUCUUUGCUCCUAACUUCACAGCAUACAACAUUAGCUUUAAGAAUACAGCUCCAGAGCCAUCUCCUGGUGAAACUGGAAAGCAGGCAGUGGCACUAAGAAUAGCAGGUGAUCAAGCUGCGUUUUACAAUUGUGGAUUUUAUGGAGCCCAAGACACCCUUCUUGAUGAGCGGGGUAGGCAUUAUUUCAAAGGAUGCUUCAUACAAGGUUCCAUUGAUUUCAUAUUCGGAAAUGCUAGAUCACUCUAUGAGGGGUGCGUUAUCCAUUCAAUUGCUAAAGAAGGGACGAGUGGGGUUGGCGGAUGCAUCACAGCUCAAGCAAGGCAGUCGAUGAAUGAGCAAACAGGGUUUUCCUUCGUGGAUUGCAUCAUCCGGGGAACCGGGACCGUGUGGCUUGGAAGAGCUUGGGGAGCUUAUGCCACUGUGGUCUUUUCCAGAACUUAUAUGUCUGAUGUUGUGGCUCCAGACGGAUGGAAUGACUGGCGAGACCCCACUAGGGACCAGACGGUAUUUUUUGGAGAAUAUGAGUGCUUAGGGCCUGGAGCAAACUACACGUUCAGAGCUUCUUAUGGGAAGCAGCUAAUUGAAUAUGAAGCAGCUGCCUACAUGAACAUUUCAUACAUUGAUGGAAAUGAAUGGCUUCAGGACUAGACCUUGUUCUGAGGCUAGAACUAGAUAGAUUAUAGAAAAAAUAUACACAUACCCACUAGUUUAUGUAGAUUUUAUGGUUAUUAAUUCAUAUGUAAGAGGGGAAUUUUUAUAUGUAGAUGAAAUAAACUAGAGUAAUUAAUCAUGUCAUAAGGGUAUUUAGUAAACGUACACCGGCAGGGGUAACUGUUUGUAUGAUGUUGAUCAAAUCCCUUCAGUCAUA